UGAGUUUUCUCUGUUCUCCUUUUUAGGUUGUCUGCCACCAAACAUUUCUCCUUUUCUCACUGCUCAUUGUCGGAGUUGUUUCCAUUCAUUCUAAUUCCAACUCGAGUCAGUCUAAUGUGACAAAAUCACACGUUAGCAUCGAGGAAUUCAGUUCGCCCCGUUUGGGACAGAUCAAAGUGGGCCUUGCGUUUGCAUUCUUUUUCGGAGUCCUCAUUGCCUGUGGUCUUCCAAUUGUCUUGAUUGAUUAUCUACAAAAAUGUGAUUCCUCACCGCCAGAAUUUAGCAAUCACAACACACAUGCAGAUGAAACCGGAUGUGACGAGUCCGUGCUGUUUGUGAAGCACUCCCAGUCAGCGUCUGACGAUGAAUUACGAAACAAUAAUGACUCGUCUCCGUCCGCGUGGAAUCAUGAAGCCGUAUUUCGGCAACCUUCGAUUGAUGACGAAUGUGUUCAAAGUCCGAACCCGGCCAACUUGGAAAAUACAGUUUUGCUUACUGGCCACCCAGUGGCAGCUGGAAGUGGCUGGUCUCAGUCUAGACGAUUUCAAGAUCGCAUCUCUCCUCGUCUAACGUGUGCCGCUGCGGAUACACGCUGUACAGUACCAGCUCGCCGUCGAUCUCGUGGGUUACUCUCGCGUUCCAGAGCCGAACACAAGUUGUUGUUGCGUCGUUGGUUUAGCCGGUGUAAUUGUUUCGCUGCAGGGAUUUUUUUGGCUUCCGGGUUCAUGGAGUUAUACAUUGACGUUGAGGAAGCCAUCGAGGAAGCUAAGACUCAGUUGAGCAUCACUUCAGAAUUCCCGUUCGCGCCAUUUAUCACUUUAAUCGGGUUCUUUCUGGUUUUGAGCAUUGAACAAAUUGUACUAGCGGUAAGGAGCGCUAAACAGCAUAUUAGUCAUCAUUUGCACAAAAGACCGUCCACGCCAGACAUGUCUCCCUUAGAUACUCCACUAUCACCCCAAAAUCCCGGAGACUCUACCACAACUCCGGUGAAAUUUUUAUUCAACGGAGAUGCCACCCACGUGUCACGUACGACUUCUGCUCCCAACCACCUAUCAGGAGAAACUCCCCGUCGAUUUAGUUCUUCAAGGUACACUGGACCCUCAGCACGGUACAGCCCCAAUGCCGUCAGUACCAGGCCGCACACACAUCACAGUCAUCUUCCUGACCCACAAACUUUUGACUCGUUCGGAUCCGUACUUCGUGUCAUACUGCUGCUUUGCGCGAUGUCGGUGCACUCGCUGUUCGAAGGUCUGGCUGUUGGGCUUCAGUCAACCGUGCAGCAUACAAUCGCCCUGUUUUCAGCCAUUUUACUGCACAAAUUGAUUAUUGCUGCGGGUAUCGGAGUGAACUUGGCGACGGCGGUUACUGGCAGACCUGGUACACAAGGUCAGUCUGAAGUGAGCGAUGAAGAGGCUAAUGUGAACUCUGACAACGGUGUUAAGCUCACCCGUAGGACGCUUUGUUACCAGACCGUCGCUACACUGAUUUUGUCCAGUUCCUCUCCUAUCGGAGUCCUGAUCGGUUUGGGACUUAUGCAGCAGCAACAGUCAGGUGUACUUCUUAUGACCACGGCCACCCUGCAAGGUCUUGCCUGUGGUACUUUCUUUUUCGUGGUAUUUUGUGAACUGCUACCCCAGGAAUUUCGUGAGGGUGUUGGUGAUCGCAUUGGCAAAUUGUUGUUCCUCGUCAUCGGUUUCCUCCUGGUGGCUCUCUACUCUCUCCUUAUGCCUCAUUAAUUCGGGCUUCACAGUCAAUUGGCCUAUUUACUCUCUCGGGCGCGGUGGAUAACGGCGAAAAAUGGGGUCGGUUCAUUACUUUCAUCAGAUACUUUGGACUUUGGCACCACAGAAUCUCGUUUUUGUUAUAAUCAUAUUUUUCUCCUUUUUUUAUCACUUCUGGUUCGUUUUGAUUUUCUUUCCUUCCAUGGAUCAGAGGGAGGUCGAGAAUUCAGCUAACAGAACAUCUGAUGACAUACUGCUAUUGACAGAUGCGAGCACAUGCACCUAGCUUCCACGUAAAACGGUCACGUGAUGACCAUUGCCAGAUCGCGCAAAAUCACCACAGUUUCCUUGGUCAUUCCCUUUCUAGUGCCUUCGUAUUUACAGUAGAUCGACCACGACAGAACGAAAGCCAACUUUACCUGAUGAUGUCGAUGUUAAUCAUGCCACUAUAUAUUCUUUCUUUUCACCGCAUUUUUGUCCCUCAGUGGAAAGGUUGGGUUGGAUAGUGAUCUGCAUGGUUAGUUCUGUUCCAGCGGCACAUGAAAACGUGGUUUUCA